AUGCUUCGCUCAAUUUUUGCUAUUGCUCUGGCAUUGGCCGCUCGGCUUGUGUCUGCUAAACAUUGCCAAAAUCUCACCAUACCCGUCACAAUUUCUGCACAAAACGCUGUGUGGAACAUUACUGCUCCAUCCAACAAUGUUGAAGUGACCAAUUUCAUUCUCGAUGUCAAUAGGCAAGGACAUUCAUACAUCGCAGAUGCUUUCAAAGGUGGGACGUAUAAUAUCGGAACAACCUAUUGCGCACCGGAUCAUGGCCAUUCCAAGGUGAUUCAGAUCCUCACACACGGAGGCGGAUUCGACCGAAACUAUUGGGAUUUAUCUUUCAACAACUUCAACUACUCUUAUGUGAACGUUGCUGUGGAUGAAUAUGGCUUCAGCACUCUGACCUGGGAUCGCAUUGGGGUGGGCGAGUCCGACCAUCCUGAUCCAAUCCAGGAUGUGCAAGCGGCACUUUCAGAACAGGCUCUGAGAUAUCUUACGGAACAAAUUCACAAUGGUACCUUCCCCGGUGUGGAGCAUGAAUUUGAAAAGGUGCAACACGUUGGCCACUCCAUUGGAUCCGGAUUGACAUUAAGCCUCAUCCGCGACUAUCCCACUAUAUCUGAUGCCGCGGUCCUUACGGGUUUCAGUGCCAAUGGGACCUGGGCCGACCAGUUUAUGUUUGGCUCCAGCUGGCUUUCGACCACAGAGAUUCCAAGAUAUCAGAAAGACUAUCCAGCAGGCUAUAUUGCAUGGGAAUAUCCUUCAGGGAUACAAACAGCUUUCCUCGCACCAGGAAAUUUCGACCCCGAAGCCUUACCCUGGUCGGUAAACAACACCAAACCGACAUCUAUUGGUGAGAUUGUGCAAGUCGGCAGUCCAGUAAGAAACAACUUCACUGGUCCGCUUCUCAUCAUUACGGGAGAGCGAGAUCUCGUCUUUUGUGGUGGUGAUUGCUACCAGAUUGGCAACCCUGCAGUCCCCAGCAUUCUCAACUUGUCCACCAUAUUAGCACCCGACGCUCAACUCGAAACCAUUGUUGUUCCUGGCAGUGGCCAUGGCUUGAACAUGGAGUAUAGCCAUAAGCAAACGUAUGCCGACAUCAACAAGUUUUUACAGAACCAUUGA